UGUGAUCGUUGCGUUCGAUGUUGUUGUUAUUUUUGAAAUUUUGAAUUGAUUAGAUUAAUUUUUGAUUACUUUUAUUUGAGCUGAAAAUUGAAAUUUGAUAGUUGAAUAUGUCAGCUGCGUUCUACAAAGACAAAAUCAUUGACCACCAAGAAUACUCAUGAUUUUCCACCUCAAGUAACUUUUCUACGUACCUACCACCACGAAACCACGAUUAAUCAAUGUUAUCACUAUCAGAGCAGAAAUUAUCAAUCGAUGGUCAAGCCGAAUUCGUUUCUUCAGAUAGCUUCGCAUCAAGUAAAUCAUGGUACACACACGCAGUCUACUAGAACCUUAUUCUCGUUCACAAAAGGACCAAAGUUAUUGGGACAUUAUGAAGGAAUUAAGUCCACGCUCUCGUGAAAUGAAUAGACAACUCCGUGGCUUGUCAUCCUCAUCGUCAUCGUCGUCGUUGGAUUCUGCAUCCGAACUAGGGAGCAAUGAUUUCCAUCCCGAUGAGCUUCAGAAUCCGAUUCAACUGAAUGAAGCUUUCAUCGAACAAAUGGUCAAAUUUUGUCCCAUUAUGAGCGGCGAUAAAGAUGAACAAUCGUACAUGAGCGAUGGGGAGUACAGUACGAGCAGUGAAACGCAAGUACUGAUGGAAAGUGCACGAAUUCCGGUCAGUUUAUCAGAAAAACGAUUUUCGAUUUCGCUCGAAGACAUGCAACUGCCUCCUCCUAGACGUGAAUUACCUUUUAGAGAAUCUCGUCGUUCGCUGGCACUGCGGGAGAACCCACGUAGGCUGGCCGAAGUGCUUGAAAAUGAGUCUGAAUCGAGUCUCAGCGAUUCUACUUCCAGCGGAGAUGAUCGUGUUGCGAAUACAUCGAUGGAAAAACGCAAACUUCCUUUUCGAAAAUCUCGUAGUUCGCCAGCAGUACUGAGGACACUACGUAUGUCAGAAGAGUCAGAAUUAUCUGAAUUAUCUUUCAGCGAUCGGAGUGUAUGUUCUAAUGGAGAAAUUCGCAAAGAAAUCGAGAAAGAAAAACAGUUCAUGCGUCAGUUGAAUUUGCGCCAUUUUGAUGAUCAUAAUCAGAACGAAUCGGAAAGCGAUUCCGAAACUGAUAAAAUUCAGAAUUCCAAACAAGUCGUUACUGAACAUCAAUUACCUCGUAGAAAUAUUCGUACUCCGGUAAGAUACGAAUCGUUCGACCAAUCUUCCAAACCGUCUGCAAAAUCAACCGCUCGAAGAAAUAUCUUUACAGAAACAUCUAGCACGAAGAAUUUAAUGCUCACACGGAGUAGAUUAGCUCAAAGCAAAUCCAGUGAAAAAAAUCGGAACGAUGAUCAAAUCAAAACCACCCCGAUUAAAAGUACUAUCCUCGGUCAAAAAUUGCUAGUUAAGUUGAAUCGUGCAGAUGUGACUCCUGAACUUCUCCGUAAAGCGCAAUCAAAAAAUAAUUUCGUAGAAACUUUGGAAGAGUCUAACGCUAAAACCAUAGAAAGUCACGACGAUAUCGAAACCUUGUUACAAGCUCUUGAAGGGUCGAGUUCCAGUGAUUCAGAAUCAAAUCGCCGAUUAGAUCGAGUUAGAUCACCGAUUAAAUCGAAAUCACUGAUAAAAAGGAAAAAAACAACGACUGCAGAAAAACCUAAAAAAAGUAGAAAAUCCGUCGAUAAAACCACCAAAACGGAAUACAUACGAGACCUCGUAGGGUUGAGUUCGAGUGAUUCCGAAUCAGAUCGAGUCAAAUCGCCGAUAAAAAGGAAAAAAACAACGACUGCAGAAAAAUCUAAAAAAAGUAGAAAAUCCGUCGAUAAACCCACCAAAACGAAAUAUAUUUGCCACGUUUGUCAGCAGUGUUUUACGUCGAUGGAAUCUUUGAAAGAUCACGAUGAAACACAUUCUGCCAAAAAAAUUCGAAAGUGUGAAUAUUGCGAAAAAACAUUCACUCGUAAAGAUGAAUAUGGGAAGCACCGACGUCAACAUCAACAUGAUGUCGAUUUCAGCUCGCGUGUCGAUAAAGCGUUUAAAUGUGACAUUUGUAAGAAAAGGUUCUCCUAUCGUCAUGUCCUGCGACGCCAUGAACGAAUGCAUGAAAAUCGAGCAGAGUACAAAUGCAAGCAAUGUGACGAGAGAUUCGUUCGUCAGGAUUAUUUACGUGAUCAUGAAAGAUUGAAACAUUCGAAAAAUCCUUACUUUUCUUGCCAAUACUGCGACAAACAAUUUUCAUACAAACAUAGGAAGGAGGAACACGAACGUGCUCAUAGGGAUGAAAAACCUUUCAAAUGUCGUUUUUGCAAUGCCCGAUUCAAUCGCAAAGAGUAUGCAAAGAAACAUCAACUUAAUCACGAAAUAAAAAUUGCUAAAUAUACUUGCGACGAGUGUGAUGAUACGUUCGUUAAUAAAUUUACUUUGCAGCAGCAUGUCCAGAAGCAUUUGAAACUCAAAGAAGCGGAGGAAACGGAAGAUUAUAUAAUUGAGGUGCACCAGUUAUUUAUUAAUGACGAUUUUUAAAGUGCUUCUUGUUUCAUUUACCAAACUUCCUCGACGAUACUUAAUACUAUGCAUACAUACUUGAAUGUGUUAUUUUUACAUGAAAAUGUAACGUUAGAUUUACGAUCUGUUUUAUUAUACGUAAGGCUUUCAGAAGCUAUGGUAGUCGAAUAGUAAACGCGAUUUUUUUUCUAUUCACUCGUUAUUUUGUCACGUAAAUCUCCGAUUAAUUUAUUAUAUUUUCGACAAAAUUUUAUAUUAGAUUAUUUAAGGUAUACGAGUUAUCUAGUGUUUUAAAUUUUGUCUACCUAUACGUAUUUUUAUUCGAAAUAAACUCUUUACUUCUUGAA